GCGGGCCGAUAAUGCGCUAAGCCGCUGUCAGGAUACCGUGAUUCGCGUGGCCGCCAGUCUGACGCAGCCCUGGCCGCAGGGGGAUCCUCAGAGAGCAGCAGCCCGGACAGCACGACCGUCGUCACCGUGUCGCUCGGGAGCCUCGCUCACCUGCUUGCUCUGUGCGCCCACGCCGGCAGCCCUGCCCAGCCCGUCCGCUCCGCCCCCAAGAUGAUCCUCGCCGUGCAGGCAGCGCUGCUGGCCCUGGCCCUGGCCCUGGCGCCGGCGCCCUCCCAGCAGGCAUCCGUCCCCGCGGGGGGGCAGGACGCGAACGGGGCCACGGACGCGCCCCUUUUCCCCGGCCUCCGCCUCCGACAUGGCCGCCUGCGCUACGUGCCCCCGCCGCCGCCCGCCAACGUCCUCAGCAACGUGCACCAGGUGGAGACCCUCUACUUCGAGGAGCAGGUCCUGGACCACUUCAACCCCAUCGACAAGCGCGUCUGGAAGCAGAGGUACUUCGCCCGCGACGACCUGUACGAGGAGGGCGGUCCUGCCUUCAUCUACAUCGGCGGCGAGGGUCAAGAGGCUGCGCAAUCGCUCGCCGACGGCGCGCUCUACAUGACGUACCUCGCCCGCAUCUACAAGGCCAAGCUCUUUGACCUGGAGCAUCGCUACUACGGCUACAGCCACCCCACUCCGGAUCUAAGCUCGGCGAACCUCCAGUACCUGUCCGCCGACCAGGCCUUGGCUGACCUGGCGUACUUCAUCGAGUACCUGAUCCAGAAGGGCGACCUGAAGGAGGGCCAGAAGGUGGCCGUGUUCGGCGGCUCCUACCCCGGCAACCUGGCCGCGUGGGCGCGACUCAAGUACCCGCACCUGAUCCACGCUGCCGUCUCCUCCAGUGCGCCCGUGCACGCCGAGGCUGAUUACGUCGAGUACAUGGAGGUGGUGUCCCGCUCCCUCGCCAGGGUGGCCGGGCAGUGGUGUGACGACAACGUGAAGAAGGCCACCGACAGAAUCGUACAGCUGCUCAAGACGACCGACGGUUACGAGCAGGUCAAGAAGACCUUCCAGGUCGCCAGCGAGCUCAAGAGUAAGUCGGAUCUGGACAACUUCUUCCAGACGCUCUCCAACCCGUUCGCCGGGGCGGUCCAGUACAACCGGGACUCGGCGCCCAACUCAGCGGACAACAUCAAGUACAUCUGCAGCUUCAUGCAGGGCGACAACAUCUCGCCCGACGAGGCCAUGGAGAAACUGUCGACGCUCAUCCUGGGCCGCAGCAAGGGGACCACACAGCUCUACGACUUCUCUUACAAGAGCCUGGUCGACAGCUACAAGCAAGAGGCGUACCAGUUAGUCGACGGCGAGUACGAUGCCAUGAGGCAGUGGACUUAUCAGACAUGCACCGAGUUCGGCUACUUCCAGACCUUCUCCGGCAAAAACGUCCCCUUCCCCGCGCUGUACAACGCCGUGGACUUCUCUUAUCAGCUGUGCAAAGAUCUAUUCGGAGACGCCUACGACGAGAGCGUCGUGACCGCGGCCGUGGACCGCAGCAACUUGGAGUUCGGCGACAGGAAGCCGGACGUCACCAACGUCAUCUUCGCCAACGGCAACAUUGACCCCUGGCACGCCCUGGGCAUCCUGAGCGACGUCAGCUCCCUCGCCCCAGCCGUCUUGGUGGACGGCGGCUCUCAUUGCGCGGACAUGAACGCCCCCAACGCGAUGUACGACACUGUCGACAUCACAAGCGCGCACGACAAGAUCCACGCCUUCAUCAGGAGUGCACUGUACGAGGACCCCAAUGGCGACCCGGCCGACUUUUAAAAACACGAACUGUACAUGAACCUUAAUAAAAACACAUAGAAAAUAUGUA